GGCUGUUGACGAUAUCGAAAUCCUCUCACCUCUUUUCAAGUCUCCGUAACCCCGGCCUUUUUAAGUAGUGUUAACUCUCAUACUUGAACUCUUACGCCUGGCGCAAUGUCAGUGAACCUGAUAACCGAAGACGAUCGCAGGGCUCCCAGCAGCAAUCAGGAUCCCACAGCGAAGCCACCUCAGAAAUUCCUUCGUUUUCAUCGGCCAUUUAAUCGGGAAGUCAGCCAAACCCUUACCAUAGAAAACAACAACGAUGAGCCGGUUGCAUUCAAGGUCAAAACAACAGCUCCCAAAAGCUAUUGCGUGCGGCCCAACUCAGGUCGGAUCGGAGCGGGCGAGAGGGUAGAUGUUCAAGUUCUUCUGCAGGCAAUGAAGGAUGACAGGUCAGUGGGAGCAUCUAAAGACAAGUUUUUGGUCCAGUCUGUGGCAGUAUCCACGGACAAAGAUUUCUCCAAUGUCAGCUCGAUCUGGCAACACGUUGAGCAAACAUCAAAAAGUUCUAUUCACGAACAGAAAAUAAAAGUCGAAUUUUUGCCUCCUAAGGAUUCAGGAGAACAGCCCUCAACCGACGAACCCAAUGGAAUCGCUCCUCCCGAAGAAGAACUUCCGGCAUAUACCUCCCCCAGCGCAGCCAAAUUUGAUACGCCGUCAGCAACCCGGGUUGCUCCGCCGCUGGAUAUGACGUCUGCUGAGACCCCAAAAUACGAAUCCAACCUCUCCCCUUCACCUGCUGUACAAUCCAAGCAAGACGCCGCGAGUGACGAGCUGAAAUCACAACUUGCGGAAGCUAGAGCUCAAAUCGAAAAAUUGAGAGACCAACUUGCAGACCAAGGCCUCAGACAACGAAAAAUCAGCAGCACCGCACCAGGAUCAACAUCGUCUGGAUUGCAGCAGCAGCAGCGAGCCCAUCAGUCGGCAGAAGUUGGUGUCCCAUUGCGAGUCGUUGCCGGUCUUUGCCUCCUCAGUUUUCUCCUAGCAUACGUCUUCUUUUAGAACCCUCUCAGCAACAAGCAUUCAUGUUUUCAGCAUACCCUUCAUCCUGCCGUCUCCGUUCGCGCCAUCCCCACUUGUGUUGUGGCUUUCCUUUAGGUCUUAUUAAUAUUUAGGCCUCGUCCUGUAAUGAGCAUUCCAUGAGCUCCUUUCGUUUUGUGUUGCAUUCCCUUUUGUCUCUUGUCCUCUGAAUUCUUAUUUCCCUUCACUUUCCCUUUUCCCCUUCCCUUUUCCCCUAUCUUUUCGUCCCCGUUUACAUUUGAGCUACGUCUAUGAUGUAUUUACUCUUCUGUAAGUGUACAGCAACCCUACUUUCCUACCGAGUUUUUCAGAUCCUCGUUUUUUUCUUGCCCUUUCGUUAUCUUUUCCAUUUCCUGUCACUUUAUAUGUGUUCCCUUUUUAUUACUCUGACCAAUGUGAUAUGACGUGGAUUCUUCUUUCCCUUUCGUCUUCUUUUGUCCACUUCUAGUUCUGUUUGUUGGGAAAUUCAAUAGGCGCGACAGGCUUGGAAAAAUUAGGAUGCAGUAAAUUUGGCAGGAAGAGGUUUGGAAUCGAGAAUUUUAAAUGAACACCCAAGGAAGGCGCGGUUAUAACAUGUGGAAGGACAGCAGAAUAUGACAUAUUUCAACAUG